CUGAUAAAUAAGUUCAUAAUUUUACAUCAUUUCGGUAAAAAAUUGACUUGUACAGAUUGACUUUAAAGUGUUUGAAAUUUAUUUUGUUUAAACAUAUAGGUGAGGUUACUGAUCAGAAGAUGGCAUUUUUGUUUGGAACAGAGAUUUCAAUAAGUGAUUUAGAAGAGGGUGACUUGAUAGAAUUUUACCGGUCGAUUUAUUGUCAUUGGGCUGUAUAUAUUGGUAAUGGAAAUGUCAUUCAUUUGCUAUCGAAUCCUAAUGAUAUUACGGGAAAAAGUAAUAACAAAGACAACAAAGGUGGUGGAGGGAAUGUUCAAAUAGACGACAUAAGAAGCGUCGCAGGAGAUUCAAAGACUUAUAGACACAAUGACCUUGACAAACAAAUGACGCCUUUUAGUAAAACAGAAAUCGUUAGGCGCGCAAGGAUGAAAGUUGGCAAGCAUAAAUAUGGUUUAAUAACCUACAACUGCGAGCACUUUGCUACUGAGUGUAGAUAUGGAGAGGCUAGGAGUCUACAGGUCGAAAAGUAUUUGUACAGGUUUGGAAAACCUGUCUAUCGAGAAAUUCAACAAAAAGGUUUGUCUGGAAUCCUUACAUUACCCGCAAUACCAGCAAAGCAGAUAUAUUAUACGAUGUUCGACAACAGCUGCAAUCGUGCUUUGGUGAAGUUAAACUAAAACAAUUGCCUAAGAUAAUGAGAAAAAAACUCUUAUUAUAUGAUAUAUAUAGUAAUAAAAUAAAAGUAUAUUGAAAUUCAUUUUCAGCACCGUAUUGUAACACUAUGGUUUGCACAAUGUUGUCAAAGUAUUCAUAAACGAAACAUAGCUUGCAGAAAAUAAAAGUAGUUUUAACUUG